ACACACAGCCGGAGUCAUGCCUUUGGUGGGACCAUAUCCUGAACCUGGAGAUCUCAUUGAAUUCUUCCGCUCAGUGUACCAGCAUUGGGGAAUUUAUGUGGGAAGUGGAAAUGUUGUACAUUUAACAGAUCAAGACGGCUGGUCUAGUUUAUCUUCUGCAUUUGGAGGCUCAGCUGUGGUGAGAAAGGACCCUAUGGAAAAGGUUGCUGGUGGCUGUAAUUAUCAAGUCAACAACAAAUAUGACAAGAAACGAAAACCGCUACCCAAAGGAAAGGUGGUGCAGGCUGCACUAAAUGAAGUAGGAAAAAAGAUGACUUACAGUGUCACCAGGGAGAACUGUGAACACUUUGUGACUCAACUGAGAUAUGAAGAGUCUUUCAGUGAUCAGGUGGAUAAUGCCAAGAUGUACACAGCAGUUGGCGGUGCUGCUGUUCUGGCUGUUGGUGCUCUAGCCCUGCUUACAACUCAAAACAAGCGACACAAACAGUGAUGGAUCCAGAGCAUCGAAUAACACCUCUAUGCCAGAUAUCAAUUUAAUUCAACCAAUUUCAUCAAGUUUAUUCAUUAAAUCAUUGAAUUCCA